AUGCAGAAGGAUGGCAGUGACGGCACUCCUUCCCAUCACCUCGAGGCCAAACUGGAGCUUCGAAGCCAGCUCGAGGAGGCAACGUCCACCACCACCGCAGCACCGCUGAGUGUGACUGAUCCACAGCCGUUUUCAUGCAGUGCUGGCAGUGCGGAUGCAGCAACCACCGUAAACUUGGAUGGCUCGAAGACUCUGUCUCCUUCACCACGCUCCCGUCCGCCAGAGGCUGUGCAGCGCGAAGAAGAGCUCAAAGAGACCUUCCGCAGGGCAGCUGAGAGAAGCAGCUGGAAUCCCGACUAUCAGUCCGAUGAGAGCUGGAACGGACGCCACCAUCUGUCAUAUUGCAAUGAUGAAAUGAGUCAGAACUGCAGAUGUUACUUUGAUCGAUGGUUGGAUCACAAGGAACUGUUGCCACAGGAUGCCAUCCAGGUCCAAAAGCCAACAUGGCGACUAGAACCAGAUGGUGUCAGCCCUGCGCAGCGCAAGGUGGAGAGGCAAGCAACAUGCAUCUACUCUGUAACUGGGCCUGGCCUACGGGCACCUGUGCCGUCUGCGCCUCCGGUGGAUUCGGAGGCAGCCGCGCUUUCAAAGGAGAACGUCCUCAAAAGACGUGCCAUGCGGGUGUCGCGCGAACGACCAUGGGAACUGGCACCGCCACCUUUCUUUCUCUCGCAAAGGCGUGCAAUGUCCCGGAGCUCAUCGGAUUGUGGAAAGGUGUCUGCAGGGACGCAGACAGAGCUAUUCGGAAAGGAGCUGCCGAACUGGAUGAAAGAACAGGCCUGGGAUAGCCACCAUCACGCCACCUGGAGCAACUUCCAGAACCUCCAGGGCGCGAUCUUGAAUCCAGCACCAGUACGGUCGUAUUUCGAUCGCCCGCGUGAGCCUGAUGUCGGGGCACGAAGUGCUGAAAAGAAACCGUUGGAUCCCAAGGAGGGUGCUGUGCGUAUUUUGCCACUCUACCGGCUGGAACCGUUACCUGGAAUCGACCACGUGGAAAUCCCAGAGCGGGGCCUGUGGCCACGGUUUGAGCCCCUUGAAUCCCGAUCAGGGGUGCCCUUGCAGAAGCGUCCCGAGAUCCUUGGCAUCAAGCAUGAUGCGUCACCAGAGUUCAAGCACAAGUCGACGUGGAGCUGCCCGUCCCUGCUCACAACAUCUCCGAAUCCAGAAUUCGUCGAGAAGCAGCAGAGCUGGAAUACCCGACACCAGAUAACUUUCCAGAACGAGGAGGUGUCGAGGCUCGACCGUUCCUACUUUGACCGAUUCCGGGAGCAUCAUGAGCUUCGCGCCCCGGAUUCGCCCCGCCUCGCAGACUGUUCUGUCUGGAGUCUUGGUAAGGACGUCUCGACCAAGGAGUCCGCGAGGACGAUCUUGAGCAACAGCGAUGACCGCUUUCGCAACGAUGGCAAGUGGAUGCAUCGCCACCAGCUUGCUUUUGACAACAAUGGUGGAAGGAUGCCUGUCCAACGAAAUUUGCGAUGUUACUUCGAUCGCUGGCGUGACUUUCCCUCGGAGGCCAACCCGGAUCCUGAAGAUGUCCUCCCAGAGGAUCCACGCCGUGGAACUUUCACUUUCAUGACUGAGUCAUCGAGAGGGAAACGACGCUGCAAGCUGAAGCAUUCGCCGGAAGCCGGCAACUUGAAGGUGGAUGUAUGGAGCCUGGUUGAGAAGCCAUCCAAGCAGAAGGUGCCCAGAGUAGAAGAGACCUUCCGAGGCUGCAAUUCCGCACAGGACGAGAAGCGGCGGUCAAAGUGGCUGGCCAACCAUCAUGUGGUGUUUUGA